GAAGUACCAGAAGUAUCGAGAUCGACAACCACGGAAUGCCAAAGAGAGGGAGCAGAAAUGGCCAGAUCAUCUAGAGUAUGCUUUUUUCAAAGGUCUAGUUAGGUGGCCACCUAUGGGUCGUCGAAAACACAUGCUCGAUGGACGCCUCCGAGGCCGAAACGAGUUGGUGGCUGAUUCGAUCGAAAAGGACACCAGUACACCGCGUACACGAAAGCAGGUAUCAAGUCACAUCCAGGUCCUCAAAAACAUUCUCUCAGAUCAGCCACAAGUACUGGUUUACAUGUCAACGGUAGAUAUGGGUGGAAGGAAGCAUCGCCAUGGAAGCACUCAUGCUAGCCAUCUACGAGGCCGCCAUGGGCUUCACCAACCGUCUGGACAAAGAUCGAAGUACAACUCCGCCUCACAAACUAGUCAUAAUGCGUGGCAAAGCUACAGGCCUCUGCCUUCUACUCAGGUGCUCCCCAAUUCACAUUCAAACUCUGGUUUGGGUGUUCAAAGUGCCUUUGCUAUGGCUGACUUUGCGAUGUACGUUGAAGAUAAGGAUAAGAAUGUAGUCCAUUUCUUCACCCGACUAGGCAAUUUUCCACGGCUCGAAGACCUUAAAGUCAAGGACAUUACUCUCUGGAACAAGCAGUAUCCGGAGCUGGCAUUCCACAAGCCCACACACUGGAAGGACCGUCAAGUUAUUGUGUGUGAUGCGUCAAUCAAAAUCAUGACGGAGCUACCACCCAAAGAUGCUUCAUUAUCAGUCAACUUCGAUAUGACGAGCCAAAUUGACCUCACAUUCUAUGAAAGAUUAGAAUCUCGAACACGAUUUUACGAUAGUGGGGAGCUUGUUGUUCAUCGCAAUGAAGGAAAGACUCAAAAGCAGUUGUGCAGCGAAUGCAAAAUUCUAGGUACAAGCCGAGCCCUCAUACCCUUUGGGAGCCUUUUUUGGGUACAUAGAAUGAAUGAACUAGGCGGAGUGUUUAGGGACGCUCGGAUGCUCGAUGAACAGUCUCGAAGGAUCAAAAUUGAUGCAAACGUUCGCCGUUCUCUACAAUACCUGACGGCCAAGCAAGAUAUUUAUGGGAUUGCGAGAGGCUCGGACGAGAGACAGUGUUUGUUCACGAUACUGUGGCGCUUCAGUCAAACAAAGGGGGCUCAUGAACCCGGUAAGACGACUUGGCGUGUUGUUAAAUUCGCUCCACCAGGGCAGCACCAUUGGAUCAAAGCAGAAGAGAUGGACAGAAAGAAUAUGAAGUCACUCAUCAACAUUACUACUUCGGCUCCACCCACUACGAUAUAUCCCUCUCUUCAUUUGGACUUUCCCCAGCAGUCGUUUCCGCACCAUCCCGAACAACUAGACCUUAAGAGUCUAUCCACAAUUACCCUCGAAGGUCUCAACGACUUCUCCAAUCCCCAAUCGGUGACCGCACCUAGCAUAACAACUAAUUACUCGCAAACGCAGUCCCUGCCGAGCAUCGGACAUUCACAGGACACCACUAUUUCUCAGUCACAUGACUUUCAUGAUGCGAAUGAGAUUGAUUUCGCGGGCGGCCACAUUAACCUCUGCCUCGAGCGAGCAAUCAACCUAGGAGUGUACGAUGAUGACGCCAGCGUACAUCUUCCUUCGCUAAACCCUCUUAAUCCGAUCGCUGGUCUUGACCGUACGCAGACUGACAGCCAUUUUGGCGACUUUGGUCUGGGAGUUUCCAUGGCAGGUUGCUAUCCUACCAGACCCUGGCCUUACCAAGACCUGAUUAGGCGGCUCGAUGGAUUGGUUGAGCAGCACAGUGGGUUGCAGGAUCAUACCACCCAUGGCGAGGACAUCGCUGGACAUGGCGUUAUACAUGGCGAGGUUGGGCAUGAAUUGUGGAAGCUCCAGAGCGGGUUUCCUGAGGAUACAGGUGUAGGGGCUGGUGUGGGAACGAACGACGAGCUACUGCCUCAAAGCCAUGAGCACGGGAUUCUAAGUUUGAUCGAGAGAGAUCUGCGGGAAAAGGAGGAAUAACUUAGGGGGGUUAUUAGGUUAAUUGGGGGAUGAUAUUGGGUAAUGGUAAUGGUCUGAUGAUGCUAUCGCCGCGAGGAGGGAAAGGAUAAUCUGGACGCUUCACGACCUGUCUUAAUCUAAUAAUCUAGAUGAUAUUUAAUAAGGGAGGCAUUUCCCAUUUAC